AAAUGAUUAAUGCCUGAGAAAGAAAUGAUAAAAAGAUUCUAAAAAAUAGUAUCAUAGAAAAAAUUGAAUCGAAGUAUGAUGGAAGUUGAAAAUUUUAGGAGGAGUUCACUUGAAAAAACAAUACUACUCCAUAAUGAAAUGAAAUUAAGGACUUGUUUUAUACUACAACCAAUAUUGAGGCUAUAUCAUUCUUUAUCAUGUUAUUCAUCUGAAAAUAAAUUGUGCUACUAUCAAAUGUUUCAUAAUUUAUUUCCUAAAUAAGAAAAUACUCUUACCUUCAAAAAAAAAUAUGGAAUUGUCUUAUUGGUAUCAUUUUAUUGA